AUGAAUGAAAAUAUGGAUGAAAAAAUGGAAGUCGAGAAUGAAAAGAGUGAGCACAAUUCUUUUAAAUAUCAGAAUUUUAAAUCACAAAGAACCAAGAAAAAUCGUCGUGGGAAAAACAAAUGGGUUGUAAAAGAGAAUAGAAUUGUUGACUAUAUUUCCUACGUAGAGGAAAAAAGGCAAGGCCUUUUACAAAGCGUUUUCUUUCAAGAAUUGCAAGAAAAAAUCAGCAAUAAACUUUUCCCCCCACAUCGACCAAAACUCGUGGAUAUUGUUUGUUAUGGAAUUGGAAGUAUCGAAAGAUCCACAACAUCGCAAUUUCAAUUUGCAUUCAUGUUAAUUUUGAAAAAUUUAUUUCAAAUAACAGGGAAAGCUUAUGUGUACGAUCCUGUCUUGACAUUAAUUGACUUGGACAUUCUUUCACAUUAUGAAAUAAGUAUAAUCGACAUUAACGAAAAAGCAAAGAGGAAAAUCACAAAUCAGACUCUUUUUUAUAUGCCACAUUGUCCAAUUGGAUUAUAUAAUAACGUGAUCGCGUCGAACUGGGAAAAAAAGAAGCUGGAAAAGAUAAUCCUUGUCGGAAACAGAUUAGAUUUUUAUAAUGAAGGUGUUCCUUUUCCAACGAUUCCGGCAAAAUAUAAUGAUGAUCAUCAUCUGAUACAAAUUCCAACUAAUAUAUUUAAUGAUUUAUGUUGGCAAUGGUUUCCAAGUGAUGGAGAAUUAUCGAAAUUAGAUGGAAAAGUUGAAUUUUGGACCUCAAAAACAACUACAUCGGAGGAUGUUCAUAAUUUGUAA